ACACUCUGACCUACUCGAUGCCACGAGUACCUACGACUAGCAUCACGGCCUGCUAUGACCUACCUACGACCUCCUACGACAUUGUGACGACCAUGCUGCAAGUAUGAGGCACACCUAGAGUAUUGUGUGCAGUUUUGUUCCCCUAAUUUGAGGAAGGGCAUUCUUGCUAUUGAGGGAGUGCAGCGUAGGUUUACAAGGUUAAUUCCCGGGAUGGCGGGACAGUCAUGUGCUGAGAGACUGGGGCAGCUGGGCUUGUACACUCUGGAGUUUAGAAGGAUGAGAGGAUAUCUCAUUGAAACAUAUAAGAUUGUUAAGCGUUUGGACACGCUAGAGGCAGGAAACAUGUUCCCGAUGUUGGGGGAGUCCAGAACCAGGGGCCACAGUUUAAGAAUAAGGAGUAAGCCAUUUAGAACGGAGACGAGGAAAUACUUUUUCUCACAGAGAGUGGUGAGUCUGUGGAAUUCUCUGCCUCGGAGGGCGGUGGAGGCAGGUUCUCUGGAUGCUUUCAUGAGAGAGCUAGAUAGGGCUCUUAAAAAUAGCGGAGUCAGGGGAUAUGGGGAGAAGGCAGGAACAGGGUACUGAUUGGUGAUGAUCAGCCUUGAUCACAUUGAAUAGUGGUGCUGGCUUGAAGGGCCAAAUGGCCUCCUCCUGCACCUAUUGCCUAUUGUCUAUUGUCUAUUGAGACCCUUCUUCAGAUUGUUUUUUGUAGUAUUGUGGAUUGUUACUUUUACACUUAGUAUGGCUGCAUGGUAACUCAAAUAUCACUGAACUUUAAUUGGUGCAUGUGACAAUAAAUUUGAACUCGAACUUGAACGAACUUGCCUUACUAACUACUUGUUGGAUCUGCCUGUCCCUAGUAAGAAAUCUCGAGGGGAUUUGAAGAUUAAAGAUUUUGCCCAGAAGGUGGUUAACUCUGGUACUCAGAGAGAGAAACAGAUACUCUCACUAUGGUUCAGAGUACGUUAAACAACAUGGUUUAGAAGGCUUCACUUUAGGUUUAAGGUUAUUAUUGUCACGUGUAUAGUGAAAAACUGUGUUUUGCAUGCUAUCUAAUCAGAUAACACUACACAUAAAUACAACCAAGUCAAACUCCAGUACAAUAGGUAGAGCAAAGGGGAAGAUACAGAGUGCAGAAUAUAGUUCUCAGCAUUAUAGCGCAUCAGUUCCAGAGACAAAGUCCAAUGUCCGCAAUGGGGUAGAGGUGAAUCGGACAGCACCCUAGCUUAUGGAAGGACCGUUCAGAAGCCUGAUAACAGAGGGGAAGAAGCUGUUCCCGAGUCUGGUGGUGCGCGCUUUCAAGCUUCUGCUAUGGCUUCUGUUAUCAUAGAUAGUAACGCAAUUAAUAUAUUAGUGUUGGUAUAUUAAUGUUAACUGGGCUUGAGUCACAGGAAGAGGUUGGAUAGGCCAGGACUUGUUGCUUCACAUUUAGUUUAGUUUAUUGCUGGGCCCAUUGCCAUUUGUGGUUUAUAUCAACGAUUUGGUUGGCAACACAGUGUGAAUAUCAAGUUUGCAGAUCACACUAAAGUGGGUAUUUGUAGACGGCGAAGAUGGUUAAUGGAGUUUAAUGCAGUGGUCUUGUCUUUUGAGGAAGUCAAACUUGCAGAACCUAAACAGUGAAUGGCAUGGAGCUGUGGGGGGUGUUGUAGAGCAGAGGGAUCUAGGAGUGUAGGGACAUGGUUCCCUUGAAAGUGGCAGCACUGAUAGAUGGUUAAGGAAGGUCUCGGCACGUUGGCUUUCAUCAGUUGAUAUUGAGUAUAGAAGUUGGAAGAUCGGGUUACUGUUGUAUAAUAGACAAUAGACAAUAAAUAGGUGCAGGAUUAGGCCAUUCGGCCCUUCGAGCCAGCACCACCAUUCAAUGUAAUCUUGGCUGAUCAUCCCCAAUCAGUACCCUGUUCCUGCCUUGUCCCCAUAUCCCCUGACUCCGCUAUCUUUAAGAGCCCUAUCUAGCUCUCUCUUGAAAGCAUCCAGAGAACCUGCCUCCACCGCCCUCUGGGGCAGAGAAUUCCACAGACUCACCACUCUCUGUGAGAAAAAGUGUUUCCUCGUCUCCAUUCCAAAUGGCUUACUACUUAUUAUUAAACUGUGGCCCCUGGUUCUGGACUCCCCCAACAACAGGAACAUGUUUCCUGCCUCUAGUGUGUCCAAACCCUUAUAUGAUUCAAUGAGAUUCCCUCUCAUCCUUCUAAACUCCAGCGUGUGCAAGCCCAGCUGCUCCAUUCUCUCAGCAUAUGACAGUCCCACCAUCCUGGGAAUUAACCUUGUAAACCUACGCUGCACUCCCUCAAUAGCAAGAAUGUCCUUCCUCAAAUUAAGGGACCAAAACUGCACACAAUACUCCAGGUGUUGUCUCACUAGGGCUCUGUACAACUGCAGAAAGACCUCUUUGCUCCGAUAUUCGAUUUCUCUUGUUAUAAAGGCCAACAUGCCAUUCGCAUUCUUCACUGCCUGCUGUAAGAAGUUGGUGAGGCUGCAUUUGGAGUAUUGUGUUCGGUUUUGGUCACCCUGCCGCAGGAACAAUGUGGUUUAGCUGGAAAGAGUGCAGAGACGGUUUACAAGGAUGUUGCCGGGACUUGAGGGUUUGAGCUAUAGGGAGGGGUUGGGCAGGCUAGGGCUUUAUACCUUGGAGUGCAGGAGACUGCAAGGUGAUCUUCUAGAGGUGCAUUUGAUGAUGAAGGGAAUAGAUGGGGUGAAUGCACAGAGUCUUUUACCCAGAAUAGGAGCAUCAAGAAUUAAAGAUGAGAGGGGAAAGAUUUAAUCGGAACCCUGAGAGGGGCAACUUUUUCACACAGUUGGAACGAGCUGCCAGAGAAGGAAGUUGAGGCAGGUAUGUUAACGACUCUAUGGACAGCCACAUGGAUGAGAAAAGUUUAGCGGAAUAAGGGCCAGAUGGGACUAAAAUCAUAGAGUGUGGAAUCAGGCCCUUCGGCCCAAUUUUCCCAUGCUGUCCAACAUUCCCCAUCUACACUAGUCCCACCUGCCUGGAUUUGGCCCAUGUCCCUCUAAACCUUCCCUAUCCAAGUACCUGCCCAAAUGCUUAUUAAACGUUGCAGUUGUACCUGCCUCCACUACCUCUGCUGUAUGAGCCUUUGACUCUCUAUUUAACCCCUUAGAGUGCCCUGUAAUAUACAGUUUUGCCUUUUCAAUAAGCACCCCGACUUUGUCUCCCACGGUUACAGUACUCUCUCAGCUCACUAUGAAAUGACUUCUGGCAGUCCACAACUAGUUUCCGAGGGCUUAAAGGGAAAUGAAGAAACACUUCGAGCGACUUCUGCAUUUCAGUGUCAAGAAGUUCACAGCAGUGGGUGAAGUGGACACCACACUGAAGUGUUGGCGAUGUGGUCUCUCCGGGUUUUUCUCUGCACCGUCCUGCUCUCCGUCUCAGUCCACGGUUACAACAUUUCGGCUGCGAAUUGGACAAUAUUCGGUGCUGAUGAGGUAUCUGCCGUGGAAGGGGCCUCCGCUGUGUUGCCGUGUAGAUUCACCCACCCACCCACUGAUCGCAACCUCACCGGCUCCGUGCUGUGGCACAACAAGUUGCCACCAUGGCCUCCCAACCUUGUGUUUAACUGCACAUAUCCCAGUCACGGCCCCUUCCGAUGCGAUGAAGUGACACAGGAGGCCGGAAGUCGGUUCAAAUUCGUGGGGAACCUCAGAGAGGGAGAUGCCUCGAUAAUGGUGGAGCCACUGAGACGGGUGGACAGGGAUAAGUACCGGUGCCGCGUGGACCUCAAUGUUGGGAGUUUUCAAUCUCUGAUUCCAACGCAGCUGACUGUGGAAGAUCUCGACGGGGAUGUCUCAGUGGUGAAUGGGACUGAGGGGGGUUCGGCCACGUUACCAUGUGUGUAUCGGCAAUCCCCGCAUUACCCCAACGCCCUCACGGUCACAUGGAUGAGGAAGGAUCCCUACCGACACUUCGUCACGUUCAGACACCAAGCUGGUGGAUCCUGGGCGGCGGAGAACGGAGCAACUCGGUUCGAGCUGGUCGGGGACCCAGAGCUGGGAAACGCCUCAACCAGGAUAAAGCAGCUGAGUGUGGAGGACAGUGGCGGCUACCUGUGUCUGGUGGAGUUCAACAAAACUGAAAACAAUGCGAUAAACGACGUCGCCAAAGGGUUCAAGAACAGCGUACACCCCCCGUUCACCCAUCAGUACCAGCGUGAGGUCCAGCUGCAGGUCACACCCGGACCAUCCAACCCAUUAAAUUACAUCCUGCCCAUUCUGAUUCUCCUCCUCAUGCUCUGCAUCCUGCUGAUUAUUAUCCUCUGGAAGAAAGGAGUGUUUUCAUCCGUAAUGGGAUCAGUCAGAUUUUCAAAAGGGAGCGCUGCGAGUCCGGAUGACACUGGCCGAGGGGCACAGCUGCAGUGUGAUUCAGAUCAGGCUGAAUCCUGCACGUAUGCCAGCAUUAAAGACAGCAGUGGGAAAGUGAAGAAUCCACAGACGGAUGAUGAAGGUGGGCAGAAACUUGAAGCUGAAAACUCAGAUCAGGCUGAAUCCUGCACGUACGCCAGCAUUGUCAUCAACAGUGGGAAAGAGAAGAAGCCACAGGCAGAUGAUGGAGGUGGGCAGAAACCUGAAGCUGAAAACUCAGAGGUGAUCUACUCUGCGGUGGUGACGAGUCGGUAGAGGCUGGAGAAGGGCGAUGGGCACGGAUCCUGGUGAGAGGUGGCCUGCGCCGGCUCCUACCCCUGUCCAGGGCGACCACGCGGCUCGCUCCUCAUCGCCACGGAGAUACCCCACGGCUUUCUGGACACCUUCUGUUUGGAUGCAAAUGACGCUGGCCCCAGCCCUGCUGUAUUCAAUGGUGGGAUGAUACUUGUCACAUUGUCACAUGUACCGAGGUACAGUGAAAGGCUUAGUUCUUGUAUACAACCCAGUAAAAUCGUACAGCAGACUUCACCGAGACAGCACACAAGAUCGCCACGUCACUGAUGCCGACUGAGUCACAAAACUUCACCGAGCCGUGCACGGGCUGGUCACUGGUUGGCAUGGUCUUGCUUGGCCAAAUGGACUGUUUCCGCGCUGUAUCUCUGAAGUGUCAAAAGUGAGGGAGAGAAGGGGAGAGAGAAAGAGAGAGAGAGAGAGAGAGAGAGAGAGGAAGGGAGAGAAA